GCUAUAUAAAGAUGUAUGACUAGCCCAGUCUGUUCAGUUAUCCUUCGGCCUUCAACAUGUUGACCAACAACGAUCUGAUCGAGCAGUUCUACUACCCAAGCGAAUCCCAUACGGAUUUGGAUUCCCAUGUCCAAGUUCAAGGCAUGGAUGCCUUUCAGCAGUUGGAGCAGUUCAUGUACCAACAGGAGCUCUGUGGCAGCGGCGACAGUCUCUCGGAUGAGACCAACAGUUGUUCCAUGGAGCAGCUAUACUAUGAAACCCCUGCUGUCCUGGGACUAGAGCACAUGCUCUCUGUCCAGGCCGAGGAGCACCAGCAUCAGCAGAAUCAAGCGAAUUCUUUGGGCAAAUGCCAGCAAAGGAGUUCCAAUUACUGGACCAAGCACCAGCAUCAGCAACACGGAAGCAAGCUCUCCACUUCCAUCUCCUCAUCAUUGUCCUCCUCAUCAUCAUCAUCUUCUUCGUCUCCUGUGUGCAGUGGGGCUGUUCUUAAGAAGCGUCGCUUGGCGGCGAAUGCACGGGAACGCCGUCGGAUGAAUAGCCUGAAUGAUGCCUUCGACAAGCUGCGGGAUGUGGUUCCAUCUCUGGGACACGAUCGACGACUCUCCAAAUACGAGACGCUACAAAUGGCCCAGGCAUAUAUCGGGGAUCUGGUCACGCUGCUCUCAAGAGACUAUUGAUCUUUCUUCACGGGAAAUCCUUCUACGGAUGGAAUGGGAUGGGAUGGGAUGGUGUUGUAGCAACAAUUUGAACCUAGUGUAAACUUAUAAAGGCUGUUAGUUUUAAGGAUCGUUUACUAUUUUUAUUUUAGUUGUAAUUUUAGAGCGCUGGCUAAUAAAAAAUUAA